UCUGAUCAUUGGCUGAUGGACACGGUCACUUUAACAACUGCCGCUGGACUCUGGAGCAACUCCUACUCAAGAGAGCUGACUCUACGUGCUGUGCCACUACUUUACAAUACAUAAGGAAGCCUAAUCUCUGGCCCUUCUAGCCCCAGUGAACUUUCACAACACUUCUUGGGGCUGAAUGGAGCACAGAGCGCUCCCAGAAACAUCAUGGAACUGUUCACUGGACUGGGCGAAUGCCACGAUCAGAAGUGAAAGUUCAGGCUCGGCAGAUGAAAUAAAGCAAUUUAAAUCUGAUCACAGCAUAAAGUUUCUUCUGGAGAAUCGGAUGAAUGUUCUAGAAGUGCAAAGAAAAGGGUACAUCUCCCAAUACCCAAUAGGUCUCCAAGUGACCAUUCUGGCGUUAGGUGGAGGGAUCAUGUUGUAACUGAAGAAUUUCAGACAUUGCAGAGAAGUGAGAAUUCUUGAGUUUAACCACAUGAAACACAGUUUGAUUUUUCCAAAAAACAUAACACUGACAGAACUGUAGCCAUGGCCAGCAAAAGAAAGUCUACUACUCCUUGCAUGAUACCUCUUAAGACUCUAACUCUAGAGGGGGGUACAGACUCUACUGCCAAAGACCAAGCUCCAGAUCAGCUUGUAACAGAUUUAAUGAACUGUAAUGAUUUACUUUCUAAUGGGCAUCAAAAUGUAAAUGGGGAUAGUUUCUUUUGUAAAUACUGCAAUUUCGGAUCUCAAGAGACAAAUAAAUUUGUUGAACACAUGAAUACCAAGCAUUUGGACUUCAGAGAAGAUCCCUCUUACGUCUGUAUUACAUGUAGCUUUUUGGUAAAAGACCCCAAAGAACUUGAAGCUCACAAUGCCGAGUGCCAUGCAGGAGAUGCAGGACUGACUUGGAGUGUGGCCAAGCAUGUAAGGUACACUGUCGUCGAGCAAAGUGUGGGGGAUCAAAACCAUGACCAGGAGAUGACAGAGCAGCGUACUAAUCAGUGCGUAAAUGAGUAUUCCGAAACUACCAUCACUAAAGCCCCUAUAAUGAAAAUCAUGAAAAACAAGGCUGAAACUAAAAAAAUUGUCACGAUAAAAGAUAACCUCAAUCUAGCACCUGAUAAGGUGGAGAAAAAAAGUCACGCUGCUUCCAGAAACGGAUCUGCAACAGCAACUAAGGCCUCUACAAACCUGGUUAAUUCCUCUUCAAUUGUAAAUGGUUCCAUUUUAGGAACUGUCUUGCCAACUGGGGUGACUCAAUUUGUAUCAAUAAAUACUUCACAGCCAGUGAUUCAGCCAAAGAUUCCAACCAUAAUAGCACCUGUGUUGGCUAAACCUUCUGCUAUGCAGAAAAAUCAACACUCUGUGCAGAGCUCCCAGCUUCCCAGUUCAAAAUCUCUCCCUAAAGUAAUGAUUCCUCUUAGCAGCAUUCCGACGUACAAUAUAUCCAUGGAUUCAAACUGUUUCUUGAAAAACUCUUUCACCAAGUUCCCCUAUCCUACGAAAGCAGAACUUUGCUAUUUAACAGUGGUAACAAAAUACCCAGAAGAGCAAAUAAAAAUCUGGUUUACUGCACAAAGACUGAAACAAGGUAUUAGCUGGUCACCUGAAGAAAUCGAGGACUCCAGGAAAAAAAUGUUCAACACUGUUAUUCAGUCCAUCCCACAACCCAUGCAUCAGCCAACAAUAACUGUUCUGAAUGCUCCGCUCGUAACCAAUGCCAGUAAUGUCCAGCAUCUUCUUCAGGCAGCUCUGCCUGGUCAGAUAGUUAGUCAGCCACAAGGAGCAAGUGGUUUGCUUGUAACUCAACCUAUCAUUACAAAUGGAAUUCAAAGAACUCCUGUGUCAUUGACAGUAACAUCUCUUCCAACCUCUCUCACCACCACCCAAGCCAGAGUUGCAUCACCAGCUAGCAAGGCUGUCAGUGCCUCUCAACCUGCAACUGCAACAUCUCCUUCUACCAGUAUGGCUUCUGAAAGCUUUUUCGACUCCAAUUUGUCCAGGAGCAAAAAGUCUAGACAGCAACUUAGUGCUCUCAAGAACAGCUUUUGUAGAAAUCAAUUCCCAACACAAACUGAGGUUACAAGGUUGACAAGACUUACAGGACUCACUACAAGGGAUGUUAGGAAAUGGUUUAGUGAUAAGAGGUAUCAUUGGCGUAACAAGGCAGCCACAGGGGAAAACAGUGAUCGUAUGGUUGACAGCCCGUCUGAUGCAAUGUUUUCAAUGAUAAAAGAACCAGAUAUGGAUUAUGCAUUGCCUUUAACUGGUCACACUCCGUCACACACAUCAAGGAGACAGUCCCAAUGGAAUCAGACACCAGACUUUACUCCCACCAAAUACAAAGAAAGAGCUCCUGAACAGCUCAGAGCUCUGGAAAGCAGCUUCUUUCUAAACAACUUUCCUUCAGAUGAAGAAGUUAAUCGUUUAAGGAGUGAGACCAAAAUGACCAGACGUGAAAUAGACAGCUGGUUCUCUGAGAAACGCAAGAAACUAGCUGAAGAGAAUAAGAAGGUUAAGGAGGAGGAGGAAGAAGAACUAGAAGAGGAGGAGGAAGAAGAGAUAGAAGAGGUUGAAGGUGAGAACUCUACAGAUUUAAGUGCAUCUGUCUGCCAGAAGACCUCAGCAGCUGAAAAUAGCUCCCCAGUGUCCAAUGAGAGAAAAGUAAACCCAAUCAAAAUUAACCUCAAGGAUCUCCGUGUCACAGAGUCCAGUGACAACAUGGAGAACCCAAACAUUGAUGAAAGCAGUAUGUCAACUGAUGGGAGCAGUAGAUCAUCCACUCCUGUGAAAAAUAAACAUGCUAAAAAAACUGCAAAUCAACGAGACCUUUUGAAGCAGACAUUUGUUAGGACACAAUGGCCUACAAAUAAGGAAUACGAUGAGCUAGCAGAAGAAACCAGAUUGCCGCGUGCUGACCUUGUGCGUUGGUUUGGGGACUCUAGGUAUUCUUUAAAAAACGGUCAGUUAAGGUGGUACGAACGCUAUAAAGGUGGGGUGGAUACACAAACUGUCUCUUGCCACCCACUCAUGGAAUAUUUUGAGCAGCACCGCAGACUUUGUGAUGAUGACAUUAAGGAUCUCUGUGACAAAACAGAGAUGACUAAAGAGGAAGUGAUAGCCUGGUUUGCCGAUAGACGGGAGGAAAGCAAAGAUGCAGAUGUAGCCAUUGCUGACCCUCCGUCUGAUUGUCUGGACAAGUCAGUCACACAAGAAGAAACUUGUGAUAGGGUUUUGGAGGCGCAUGAGAGCAGUGAACAUCUGGAGUCGGGCAUUGAUGAAAUCUGCUCUAAUUCCACUCAGACAGUCCAGCAUCUUGUCUGAAAUGGAUUGAACGAUCACCUGUUGGGAUGCAUUUGGCAAUAAACCACAUAGUUGGGCCCCAAGCUAGGGGUGAAGGGAUUCAUCGAUGCAUAGGAAUCAAAGGGAUUUCUGAGACCCAACCGCUUUGAGACAAAUUCUGUCCACUUGCAAGAGACACUUUUGUGUGUGUGUGUGUGUAAAAAGAAAAAAAAAAUAAUAGACUCAUCACAUCUAACUAUGUUUCAGGCUAUGGCUCAGUUCCUUUUUUUAGAACUUUGUAAUUCACUCAAGGCCGUGUUCCGUUCAGUGUACAUGUAUUGAUACAGAUGCUUAUUUAUAUAGCCAUUACAAACUAUAACCGUUUAGUAUUCAUAGACCUGGCCAUUUGCUACAGAAAUUUCUAGUGAAAAGUGUUAGGACUAACUGGUUAUAAAUAAAACACAAUUUUUGGUUGAA